CACUCUGCCACAUAUUGUGGAAAUGGGAGAAGAUUCUUUAAGUUUGAUACACACAAGCAUCCUUGGAAUUUGGACAAAAGAAGGACUCUGUCCAUCUUGGACAUUGGGACAGUCCUUCGGUGGAUGACGAUGACGUAGUAUCCUUCAAAUUCAGCCAUUUGAGGAUCCUUCCUUGACUUUGGGAUACAGCCAUGGAAUGUGGAUCAGUGAUCAGCUCAGUGCAUUGUCAGGUGUGUAUCUCUGAUUGCUCCUUAUUUAGACCAGAUGUGUGAGGUCUACAUAUGAAGCUGAGUUCCAGUGCUCUGUGCUAAUGGUCUCACCUUCAGAGGCAGUGGCCCUCAUUUAUCAAACAAGCCUAGAAACGAGUGCAGAUCUGAGUGUAUAUUUCGUCUUACAACAGGGUUCACGUGUGAUUUAUCAAACGAUCGUAUCCUGCCAAUCACAGCGUAAGAAUGAUUGGACUUUGAUAAAUGUGGCGGCUGAAAACAAUCGUAAUUUGAAUGUCACGCCCUGAUAUGUACCGGGUCUAGAGGCCUCGCCCCUAGAGAUGACAACAUGUGGAGACGACACACAACCAAGAAGAGGAAUUUCUCCGAAGCAGAGAUUGAGACUCUGACGUCUCACGUGCAACAGCACAAAGUUAUAUUGUUUGGCAGCCUAAAAAGUGGCAUUAAAGGGAGCAGGAAGAAUGAAGUGUGGAAGGAGAUCACUGCUGCUGUCAACAGUGUGGCAGCAGACACUCGGACCCCCAGCGAGGUAAAGAAAAAGUGGUCAAAUUUAAAACUGGCCACAAAAAUGUAUGAUGGCAGCCCUGAGGCGAAGCACCACGCUGACUGGAGGAGGCCAGGUGGACCCCGGCCUUAAACUGAGCCAGACAGA